ACUCCUUCCGCUGUUCCAAUAUAACAGACCUAGUUUCGCUUCCAAGCUUCCCUGCCUCUCUAUAACUCCCUAAGCCAUAGCUGCUGCGGCUGCUGCUGCUGCUGCUCAUUCUAUUUCUAAUUAACCAACACUAAGCAUCUCUCUCUCUCUCUCUGCUUUUGGUGUAUGCUUUUGCCUGAGAUAGGAAUGAAAGAUCGUGUGGAGAGAUUUGCUGUUCUUCCUUUCUCCAUUGGGUGUGCGUCUCAGUCAAGCGUGGCCGUUGGCGCCCCUAUUGCUCCCCAACCCAAAAAACCUAUAUCAGAAUCAUCCCAACCUGCAUCAGGAAGACAAAAGGGAGAAGAAAGAUGGUCUAGCAUGAGACUAGCUCUGCCAAAAUCUAGCUUCUCCAACGGGAUACAAAAAUUGAUCAGGGGUUUCAAGACUUUAUCGCAGUUAGUCGCUAAUUACAAAGAAGAGGCCGUGGAGGAGAUGGAAAUGGAGAUAGGGUACCCAACUGAUGUAAAGCACGUCACGCAUAUAGGAUGGGAUGGAACUACAACCACCAAUCCUGUAAAAGGCUGGGAAAAUCUCAAAGCUCCCGAAAUACUUUCUUUCCCUUCAAUCUCUCUGAAGCAAUUCGAGCUUGCCAUGGCUGCGCAGGCUGCAGAUGGGCCGCUGCUGGCUAUUGGUUCCUCUAACCAUCUUUCAGGUUAAUUGCCAAUUAUGAUUAUGAUUAAUCGCACCUGUCACUUAAUUUGUAUAGGGUUAAAGAUGAUGGUGAGGAUCGCACUCCAUGGUCAUGAAUUUUAUAAUGUUGCUUCUUAGAAAUUUGUAUAGGGCUUAAAAAAUUCAUGCUGGUGUUUUUUUGAACUUUUUUAUUUUUUUAUUUUUCUUGCAUCUGCCAAACACAUGUAUGUUAGGAUUGAUACUCCUUUGUAAUGAAAUGCCACGAAGAUCCUUUCUA